UUGCUGGGUGGUGAAGGACUCUCUGCUCUAGUUUCUCAGUUUGGAAGCUGGAGGUGUCGUGGUGCCUCGCCGGGCAUCCCAGGGAAAAGCAGUGUUGUGUAGUGUAAAUUUAUUACAUAUUGAAAUGUGCGGCUCUGUCAAAAUGCAAAGCUUUGCCUGGAACUGGGACUUGCUGUAUUCUUUAACGAGGAUUUCUCAUCUCCGUUGCUUUCUCUUUUUCUGUAUAGGACCAGUUGUCCUGGCUGCGUAGUGUGUUGAUUACAGUAUUUGUCACUUAAGAGGUGUGUUCCUUUCUGUUGCUUAACGCAUAUACCAAGAAGCUUUUGGUUCUGUAUAACAAAAUGCAUCAUGUCCAGCCCAGACAGCAGAGAGCUUGUCCUUCAUCAUUCACUUUCUCAGCUCUGCUUCUGGCAUCUUGAGGAGUUCUCUGCUGCAGAGGAUCUGUCUUGGGCAAUUAUUUCUUUAUGCCACUUUCAGUACUGCUGAGGUAUUAUCUUUGCACAAGGCCUUUGGAUUUCUGCAGUGGAAAAGCUUCAGAAUGUUCUCCUUUUGCUUUAUCUUUUUUUUUUUUUUUUUUUCUCCCUAUGGUGCCGUUUGCAAUAUAUCAGCAGCAAAGAAAUGUGAUGCAGGUCAUAUCUCAUGCUUCUUGAUAAAUUUAACAGCUUUUAUGUACGUUCCCAUGUCCUUGUUUUAACAAGGAAAGACCAUUUUUUACAAUUUAAAGAUAGUUAAUAAGAUGCAGUUUAAUCGUGCAUUAACUAUGAAGGGAUGGAUGACUUCUAGCCCACGUGGAGAUAUGUUUUCUCGCUAAAUACAAUUAGUCUGUUUGAGCUCUAUGUUGUACAUUGUUCCUGCUUGAUCCUCUCUGCUCUUCAACAGCUCUCCAUUCAGUUUAACAGAGGGGCAUGGCUGUGAGAGCUUGUGGCUUGAUCAUCUACAGGAGGCUGCAGUCAGCACCAUCUUCUAAGGUCACUGAUGCUAUUGAAUACCUCCUCCUUCAGACAUCCUAUGGGACCCAUCACUGGACCCCACCCAAAGGCCACGUGGACCCAGGAGAGGAUGACCUGCAAACAGCCUUCCGGGAAACGCAGGAAGAGGCUGGUCUUCAGGCCAGUCAGCUCACCCUCAUAGAGGGGUACAAGAAAGAACUGCACUACCCUGUCCGUGGCAAACCUAAGACCGUCAUUUACUGGUUGGCAGAAAUGAAGGACUGUAACACAGAAAUCAAGCUCUCAGAGGAACACCAGGCUUUCCAGUGGCUGAAGCUGGAGGAUGCUUGCAAAUUUGCAGAAUAUGAGGACAUGCAAGCAACUCUGAAAGAAGUGCAUCAGUUUCUCUGCUCCAAAGAAUAAAUGCUUGUGUGAAGGAUAAAGGGAAUUUUUGAAGGAAGAUGGCCUGCCUUUUUUUUUUUUUUUUUUUUUUUUUUAAACGAAGGGAAGAACUACAUGGCUGCAGAAAUGUAGAUUUCUUUUUUAAGUCUAUGCAAAUUCGGUGAAGAUAUCUGGAGCUUUUAAAGAGCUUGUGCUUUUGUCUCCCCUAGCUAACACAAAAAAGCAUGGUCUGAUUGAACCAUGAGCCAGAGAUGUCUGAAUUGAAACCCAGAGCUAACAAAGACUUCCUCUGUCCUGUCUCCUUUUCUUUUUACUUUUUUUUUUUUUUUUUUUCCCCCCUGAAGUGCUGAACAACCACAGGUCUUUUUGAAAAUCAAAGACUCGAUCUUUCUUGACUUGCUGAUGUAUAUGUACAGAGUUGAGAAAAUCAGCAUAUGGGGAUUUUUAAUAAUAAAAUGUUUACUGCAGAAGUGGCACCUUGCAUUUCAAAUGGGGAAGCAGUAGUUCUGUUCCCAACUCCUCCACUGAUAACCUGUCAAAUUAUUUCAGGUCUUGUUUGUAUCAUGAAUUUAUGUACACCGCUAAUGUACUGUUAUG